UCAAAUGCAGCGUUUGCCAUUGCAAAACCGUGAGAAAUAACUCGAUGCGUCGAUAGCUUAAUUAAUUAUUCUCAAAGGCCGUCGAUAUUGUUACGCAAUCACUGUCAGAGACGGACAUGUGUGGACAGCCAACAACAGGUUUGAUGUUUCAGGAGUCUACCCGUCCAAAAAGAAGAUUGGCACGUUCACAGAGAUCAACCACUGCAAGAGACUGAUAAGUGCCUUGAAGCGUAAUCUGGGUCCAGGUCGGUAUGAGGUGGACACAGGGGACUUCAGCCCCCAGGUAGUCCAGAGCAGGGCCAUGGGACCAGGAUGGAAGAGGGGGCAGGAGAUGGCCCAGCAGGCUCAGAUGCCCCACCUGCUGUAUAGAGACACAUGGUUGACCAACCGCUUCCUGAGAAGCAGGGUAGGCCCAGGGAGGUAUGACAUCCAGGACUUCACAGAGCUCUGUAAGAAGCCGUACAGUGUGAGAGGAGUGUGUGACAGCAGGGAGGAGAGGUUUAAAGACUUAAUGAAGAAUCAAACUACUCCAGGCCCAGGGACUUAUGGGAAGGGGGGCAUCCCAUCUGGGCUGCUGGAUGAGAGGAGGAGGAAGCCGAUUGGCUCCUGUCCCAUGAUGGACUUCAGUGCUGGAGUGGAACGCUUCCCAGACCUCAUAGUGGACUCUGGUCUGUGUCCUGGUACCUACAACUUACCGACCUUCACUGAGGUGCUCCUUAGUCGCCACAUCAGCAAACGAGGUCCCUAUGACCUCUUCACUGGCCGACGAGACCAGCCAAUCACCUGUGGAUAUUUUGCUGCCCCGAAAAAAGCCAAUCUGAAUCUGGCUACGGUCGCCAAGCCAGCAAAGGUCUUAUGUGAGGACGUUCUGCAACCAGAGAAAAGACACCACGGCAAGUUUGGCACCCUAGAGCAGUACCCUUCCCUCCCUACAGAACGCAUCUACCUGGGUUCCCUGCCCCAGUACCCACGGCCAGCGCAGAGACACUCUGGUCAUGGAUUCUAUGAAGAUGUUUGUCUGCCCAAAGUGGAGAACCGCAACCCUCCUCCCUUCCUAUCCUCCUCUCCUCGUAUCACCCUGAGGGCCGAGAGGCUGAUGCAGGGGAACUAUACCACAGUGGGAGUGGGCCGUUACAACCUGGCUAAGAAGCAAACGAGGAAAACUCUAAAGAAAAGCGUUAACGCUGGCUAUCGCUACGUCUUCAAGUCCCGCAUGCCCAGAUAUCUACAUGACCUGCACAAGGACAACUUCAACCAGGAGAGGCUGAAACCCAUCAACAUUCCCCCACAUAGGAUGCCCUAUUAUCGGCCGCCAGAUGAGGUUUCGGCCGUUGCAGCUCUACACUCCUCAGGACUCUGGUCUGUGUCCUGGUACCUACAAUUUACCGACCUUCACUGAGGUGCUCCUCAGUCGCCACAUCAGCUAAUGAGGACCCUACGACCUCUUCACUGGAGACGGAAUAAGAAGAAGACAUGCACAUGUAAAUAUUUACAGUGGAUCAUACCCAGGAUGUACUCAAGUCCUCCUGAAUCUCUAACAAGACAUGAGAGCAAGUGCAACAGGGAAAACAUUAAGCCAAGAAUUACCCCAAAAUGGUCAGCUAUUUCCUACAACUAUAAUGUUUGCCUUCCAUCUACACUAGAGCUUCUGAUAGGAUCUGAUGGACAUAAAGACAUCUAUAAUGGCCAUGCUCCUCUAAAGCACCCAUCAUUCAGAUAGAUGACAUCGUCAACGGAUUCCUUUUACAUCAGUGUUGUUGGUUAACUAGAAGGACCGCAACCAGAGAGACGGUACGUCUGAUCGGCUGCCUGAUAGGGGCCACAUUAAGGGCCAUACAUGCAGAUUCUAAGCACAUUAACAUUCCUGAAUAAAUAACCCCAGGGAAUGUUACUCUGGAGACAUUCAGCAGGAUUUUCCUUUUAAUGCCCAGAAGAGAAUAAUGAGUAGGAUGGGAUACCUCCAGUCCAGUCCAUAGCCCCAGAUUAGGAGCUAGGACCAGGGGUGAAUUCCAUGAGGCAAAAUGUUCGCAACACUGCAGAUAGAAAUGUAACAAAUAGAGUCAACUCAUGAUAUCCUAUUGUUCUUCACAGACAACCAUAUACAGUGCAUUCGGAAAGUAUCCACAUUUUGUUACAUUACAGCCUUAUUCUAAAAUGUCUAAAAUAUAUUUUUUUCUCAUCAAUCUACACACAAUAACCCAUAAUGACAAGGGAAAACAGAAAUACCUGAUUUACAUAAGUAUUCAGACCCUUUGCUAUGAGACUCGAAAUUGAGCACAGUUGAAUCAUGCUUCCAUUGAUCAUCCUUGAGAUGUUUUUACAACUUGACUGGAGUCCAUCUGUGGUAAAUUCAAUUGUGGACAUGAUUUGGAAAGGUACACACCUGUCUAUAUAAGGUCUCACAGUUGACAGGUGCAUGUCAGAGCAAAUACCAAGCCUUGAGAUCGAAGGAAAUGUACGUAGAGCUCCAAGACAGCAUUGAAGGUCCCCAAGACAACAGUGGCCUCCAUCAAUCAUAAAUGGAAGAAGUUUGGAACCCCCAAGACUCUUCCUAUAGCUGGCCCACCCUGCCAAACUGGGGGAGAAGGGCCAAGGUCAGGGAGGUGACCAAGAACCCAAUGGUCACUCUGACAGAGGUCCAGACUUCGUCUGUGGAGAUGGGAGAACCUUCCAGAAGGACAACCAUUGCUGCAGCACUCCACCAAUCAGGCGGAAACCCAGCCUAAAACCCCAAACAGCAAGCAAUGCAGGUGUAGAAGCACGGUGGCGAGGAAAAACUCCCUAGAAAGGCCAAUAUGGAAGCUAAUCCUAAGUAAAAGGCACACGACAACCCACUUGGAGUUUGCCAAAAGGUACUUAAACAAGAUACUCUGGUCUGAUGAAACCAAGAUUGAACUCUUUGACCUGAAUGCCAAGCGUCACAUCUGGAGGAAACCUGGCACCAUCCUUACGAUGAAGCAUGGUGGUGGCAGCAUCAUGUUUUGUGGAUAUUUUUCAGCGGUGGGGACUGGGACACUAGUCAGGAUCGAGGGAAAGUUGAACUGAGCAAAGUACAGAGAGAUCCUUGAUGAAAACCUGCUCCAGUGGCCUUGGGACCUCAGACUGGGCAGAAGGUUCACCUUCCAACAGGACAACAACCCAGCACACAUCCAAGACACCACAGGAGUGGCUUCGAGAUAAGUCUCUGAAUGUCCUUGAAUGGUCUAGCCAGAGCCCGGACUUGAACCCGAUCAAACAUCUCUGGAGAGAUCUGAAAAUAGCUGUGCAGCAAUAAUCCCCAUCCAACCUGACGGAGCUUGAGUGGAUCUGCAGAGAAGAAUGGGAGAAACUUCCCAAAUACAGGUGUUCCAAGCUUGUAGCGUCAUACCCAAGAAGACUCGAGGCUGUCAUCGCUCCCAAAGGUCCUUCAACAAAGUAUUUAGUAAAGGGUUUGAAUUCUUGUGUAAAUGUGAUAUUUCUUUUUUUUUAUACAUUUGUAAACAUUUCUAAAAACCUGUUUUUGCUUUGUCAUUAUGGGGUAUUAUGUGUAGAUUGAUGAGGAAACUUCUGACGUUUCUGAAGGGUCUGAAUACUUUCUGAAUGCACUCUACGUUCUACAUAACACAUCUGAAUGUUCUGUAACAUUGCACUCUCCUGAACAGGCCCCAGGUCUCUCAGCGCUGCAUGCCACAGCCAGGACCAGCCAGAUGGUUCUUUCUCUCUUGCAUUUUGUACUCUGUGUCCCUGGAUGAACAUUGUUAGCUAAUCACCGUGAUAUAGCAGGACACAGAGGGUAAGAAGAUCCCUAUUUUCUCUGGACUGUUAGAUAAUAUCAUUAGCAAACCCCUGCAAUUCGAGAUCUUUGUUUCUACAUUUUCUGAUGGAGAUAUGUUGUUAUUGCCAAAAGUUCUCAAAACUCUGCCAUGUUCCAUUUGACAUGCAUAGGAGAGUGUUGGCAGAAUUCUUCUAGAUCUGCUAGUACAGAUUGGUUUUCCAGCUUGGUUCUCCAGCUUGGUCCAAUCUAGAUAGGGCGACAUCUCUCUUCUUUCAGCAGCCAAAUCCACCCAACUUCCUGUGAAUCACACAUUCCUGGUGGUGCAGGUCAGUGUCAUGGGACCACUCGUGUUUCAUAGAAGAGCUGAAUGAUGAUCAGAUGAAAUAUGGCUGUAAAUGAUUGUUUUUUCCCCUUACGCCUUGGUUGGUGUGUUGGAGUUUUUCAAUCAUUUAUAAUAUAAUACUCCCAGGGUUCAUCGCCUAGGGAGCGGGGUUACCGCUCACUGAAUGAUCCUGCAGUGAAAAGUGAAUGAGGUCAAAUACCUCUGGCCGUUCGCCAAGAAAAACCAAUAUUUCAGUUGAGAAUGAGAGUGGUACCUGAAAAUAAAAGUAAACCAAACACUGGG